UAUGAAACGGCCUCUAAGCUAUAAUUUUUUUGUCUCUCUCACCGCGUUUCCUAAUUUUUCAGCAGAUUACUAAAAAGGUCAGCCAGCAAGUCAUUAUAGUUCUGUGAAUAUUUCUUGAAUCUGAUAUUAUAAUUUGGAUACUUUAAUAUUUUGGAUUUUUGGGCAAACAAUUUAUUUAUUACGGAGUAUUCAUUUAUUUAUUAAAAAUCAUGCCAUUAGUUGUCAACAUUUUGUCGCGAUUUUUUCCGGUUCCGACCCAGCCAAGGCUUUGCUAGAUUUGUGCCGUGAUGCUCUGCCCCCAAAGAUCUCUACUGAUCUGUAUUUCGCACUCUCUCCAUCAGCUUCUAUGAUUAUAAAGGUGCGAUUGUUUCCAAAUUGUUUAAAUUUCAGUGCAAAUAGUUGAUAACCCGAUGUGUUUAAGAUAAAAGAUUUCAACUUUACCUUCCCAGAUCCAUUUAUUUUAGUUCUCUGUGAUGAAGAACUGUUGGAGGUUUGAAUUGCAAAUCGGGGUUUUGUCCGUACUAUUCUUCUGGGGGCAGUUAGGUUCUGAUUUUGUUCCUUCAGAUAAUUACUUGAUAAACUGUGGAUCAUCCAGUGAUGCCAAAGUUGGUAACAGGGUUUUCAAGUCUGAUAGUUCAGCUUCAAAAUCGCUUUCAACCCCAGAAAACAUAUUGGCCAAUUCUCCUCCUUCAACCCCAAUUGCUGCCUCUGAUGACUCCCCUCUUUAUCAGACAGCUAGAAUCUUCACUGGAGCAUCUAGCUACAAGUUCUCGAUCGGCCAGCCCGGGCGCCACUGGAUCCGUCUCUAUUUUUACCCAUUUGUUUACAAUAACUACAACAUGAGCUCAGCUAGUUUCUCGGUUUCCGCCCAAAGCAGUGUCCUCCUCUCUGAUUUCAAUCCGAAAAGCCUGUCUUUCAAGGAGUUUUCAGUGAAUGUGGCUUCUAAAGAGAUUGUGAUAACAUUCACUCCUUCGAGCAAUUCGUUUGCUUAUGUGAGUGCUGUCGAAGUUGUCUCCGCUCCGGCUGACCUUAUUACAGGUGAUGUCAACACCAUUGAUCCGGUUGGAACCUUCCGUGAUCUUGAUGCCCAGUCACUUGAGACGGUUGUGAGGGUAAACAUGGGUGGAUCUCCAUUGACUUCAAGUAAUGACACAUUGGGGAGAAAUUGGGUCAACGAUCAAGGCUUCUUGUUGAAAUCUGACCUUGCCAUGAAUCUCUCCAAAGUCAAAUCCGUAAUUUAUCCUGAUCAGGGAGCAACUCCAGAGUCCGCACCCUCAACUGUGUACGGUACUUGCACUAAGAUGAGGGUCGAUGAUGGGGACACCACAUCUAAUUUCAACGUCACUUGGGAGUUCAAUGUGGAAACCGGCUUCCAGUAUCUUCUCAGGUUACACUUUUGCGACAUAGUUAGUCCGUCCCCUAAUCAGCUUCUGUUUAACAUUUACAUCGGUUCGUCAAAUAUUGCUCCCGAUUUUGACCCCGGAGCUAAAGUCGGGAACAUUCUGGCAACCGCAUAUUACAUUGAUUACGUCACUCCGUCAGCCAUUAAAGACAAGAUCCGUAUCAGUGUGGGGCCAUCUCCUCGCAGUGCUUUUUCUGAUGCAUUUAUAAACGGUUUGGAGAUCAUGAAGAUGAACAACUCAAAAGGCAGUCUUGGAAUUUCAGACCAAGUGCUCGGUUCCGCCAGUUCAAGUUCCAAGAAUAUUGGGCUGAUAGUUGGAGUUAGUGUGGGAGUACCUUUUGCUUUAGCAAUGAUUUGCUUUCUGUUUUGCAUCCACAGGAGGAGGAAACAGGAAAGGCUGGGCCAGUCAAAAACGUGGAUCCCGUUAUCUAUCAGUGGGUCACACACAAUGGGUAGCAAAUAUUCCAACGGGACUACUGUUAGCGCGGCUUCCAACCUGAGCUACAGGGUCCCAUUUGCAGCCGUUCAAGAAGCAACAAACAACUUUGAUGAAAGUUGGGUCAUCGGAGUGGGCGGGUUCGGCAAGGUCUACAAGGGAGAGUUGAGUGAUGGGACGAAGGUUGCGGUCAAACGGGGCAACCCAAAGUCCCAACAAGGCCUGGCGGAGUUCAGAACGGAGAUCGAGAUGCUAACCCAAUUCCGCCACCGCCAUUUAGUUUCCUUGAUCGGAUAUUGCGAUGAAAAGAACGAAAUGAUUCUUGUUUACGAGUACAUGGAGAACGGGACCCUCAAGAGUCACCUCUACGGCUCUGACCUUCCAAGCAUGAGUUGGAAGCAACGACUGGAGAUAUGUAUUGGCUCGGCCCGCGGGUUGCACUACCUCCACACUGGGUACGCUAAGGCUGUCAUACAUCGGGACGUCAAGUCUGCCAACAUAUUACUAGAUGAGAAUUUCAUGGCUAAGGUCGCCGACUUUGGUCUAUCCAAGACGGGGCCCGAGAUUGACCAGACUCACGUCAGCACGGCUGUGAAAGGGAGCUUUGGGUACCUUGACCCAGAAUACUUCAGACGGCAGCAGCUCACGGAAAAAUCCGACGUAUACUCCUUCGGUGUUGUUUUGUUUGAGGUGUUAUGUGCUAGGCCGGUGAUAGACCCUUCCCUGCCAAGGGAAAUGGUCAACUUGGCUGAAUGGGCUAUGAAGUGGCAAAAGAAGGGUCAACUUGAACAAAUCAUUGAUCCGAGGCUCGUGGGCAAUAUACGGCCUGACUCUCUAAGGAAGUUUGGGGAGACAGGUGAAAAAUGUUUGGCUGAUUUUGGGGUGGACAGACCGUCCAUGGGAGACGUGCUUUGGAACUUGGAGUAUGCACUUCAACUGCAAGAAGCAGUCGUCCCAAACGAUCCGGAUGAGAACAGUACAAAUCUCAUUGGCAGCCUCUCUCUGUCCCCACAAGUGAACGACUUCAGCCAUACUCAGCUUGACACUACUGCAAACUUGGAUGAUAUUUCGGGUGUUUCCAUGAGCAGAGUUUUCUCACAACUGGUUAAGUCUGAGGGCAGAUGAAACCAAAUGAACCAUUGCUGGUCUCCUUUUGGCUUAUGACACUUCGUAGGUUUGUUCAUUGAACCAUGAAAAACAGCGAGUUAUAGUUGUUUUUAUGAAAAACUUUGUGAAUUGCUGAAUCUCUCACUAAAUUAUUUGUGAUUGCAUACCUUUCUAGAGAUCUGCCCUUCGUUUAAUUGAUUUAUUUUUCCUUUGUCUCUAAUGUAAAGGGCUCGUUGUAUCAUCAAAUCUAUACACAACAAUUGGCGUUUUUUUUGGACUGCAUUUUCAGUA